CUCUUUUUUAUUUUAUUUUUAUUUUUAAUUAAAGUUCUCUCUUUUACUUUAUUUGUUUUUAAUUCUCUCUGGGCUUUGGUUACUAUACUCCUGCUACUUCAUUGGGAUGUGUUUGUUCCAUUUUCGAAGAAACCUUGUGAAGACGAACAAACCCAUUUUGCCUUGUAGGUUGCUUGUUUGGAAGCAAAACUGGCAGUUGGGGAAGUUCCUCUUUUGAGAGAAAAGCAUUCUUCUUUAAGCUGGGUUUCAUGGAUUGAACUUCCCUCAAGGAAUAAUGGAUUACUUGUCUCAAGAGGAAGAUUUGCAAUUCUUCGAUGCCAACGAGGAGAUGAUGCCAUCAACUCCAAGUGGUUUUGGUUUUGAUGUAUGGAAUGAGUCACCUGGAAGUGUGGUGGAGAGGCGGAGGAAGUUCUUGGAGUGGAUGGGAGUUGAGCAAGAUCGUGUUCAGUCCAAGGAUUCGGUCUCUGUAGCUAAUGUGGAGUCUAGUUUUGAUGGAGCUCAAGAGAAUUCUGGUGAAGAAGCUGAGGAGAGAUCUGGUGGUUUAAGCAGUUCUUCUAGUGGAGUUUCAUUGUCUGGUUCAAGUGUGGAUGUUUCCGAAGAAUUGUCUUUGAGAGUAGACAAAAAUGUGGGUGGAUGUGAUGUAACGAGGAGGCAAAGCUCUUCAAUGGCAUCAUGUUCUAAUUCCAGGUAUUGUCAAGUGAAGGAAACAGAGAAGCAGAGGAAGAAAGGAUGGUUGACGAGGCUGUGGUCUAUGGGGUGUACGGCGGAUACAAAGGUUGAAUCUGGUGGUAGAAUCAGAGCUUCUUCUAGUUUUGGUGAUGUGAUUUCAAGAGUUAAGGUUAAGCAUUGUAAGAAACAGGCAAAGGAGCUUUCAGCUCUUUAUCAGAGUCAAGACAUUCAAGCUCAUGAUGGUGCCAUCUUGGCUAUGAAAUUUAGCGGAGAUGGGAAGUUUCUUGCAAGUUCUGGUGAAGAUGGGAUUGUGCGUGUGUGGAAAGUCCUGGAAGAUAAGAGAUCUAGACUACGAAGGGACUGCCUGAACGAGUUAGACCCUUCGUGUAUGUACUUUGAGGUAAACGAUCUUUCCCAGUUGAAACCAGUUUUAGUGGAUGAGGAAAAAUCAAAGAAGGAUUCAGAAAGUUUCAGGAAAACAUCUAAUUCAGCCUGCGUUGUCUUCCCUCCUAAAGUUUUCCGGAUAAUGGAAAAACCGUUAUAUGAAUUCCGUGGGCACACGGGUGAAGUCUUGGACAUCUCAUGGUCAAAAGAUAAUUAUCUUCUCUCGGCUUCGAUGGAUAAAACUGUUCGGUUAUGGAAAGUCGGUAGCAAUGAUUGUCUUGGAGUGUUCCCUCACAAUAGUUAUGUAACCUCUAUUCAGUUCAACCCCGUAAACGAGAAUUACUUCAUGAGUGGUUCAAUUGAUGGAAAAGUUCGAAUCUGGAACAUUUCUGGUCGCAACGUUAUUGAUUGGGCCGAUCUCAAAGACAUUAUAUCCGCAGUGUGUUAUCGUCCAGAUGGACAGGGAGGAAUUAUCGGUUGUCUGACCGGAAGUUGCAGAUUCUUUAACAUGUCUGGAGAAUAUUUAGAACUGGAAUCUCAGAUACAUUUGCAUAACAAAAAGAAGUCUUCCAACAAACGGAUAACUGGAUUUCAGUUCUUACCACAAGAGCCAAGCAAAGUUCUGGUUGUUUCCGCGGAUUCCAAAGUCAGAAUUCUCCAAGGCAACAAUGUCGUCAGAAAAUACAAAGGCGUUAGGAAGACAAGAAGCCUCACAUCAGCGUCUCUCACAUCUGAUGGAAAGCAUAUUGUUUCAGCUUGUGAGGACUCUAAAGUAUAUAUAUGGAGUAACGAUGAGGAAUCAGAUUGUGCUUCCCAAACCAAAAAGAUUCGAUCUUUUGAACGUUUCUCUGCCAAUGCAUCCGUUGCAGCUACCUGGUGCGGCUUCUCAGAUCAUAGCACAACUCUCCCGUUUUCUUCACCCUCUUGUUUAUCUCUCAACGAAGGAUUUGUCCCCGGAUCAAUAUCCAAAGGAAGCGCGACAUGGCCAGAGGAAAACCUACCAGAAAAUCCUCUAUCUACAUCCGCCAUGAAUGCAUCUCAUUACAAGUUUCUCAAAUCCUCUUACCAGAGAGCAUCUAGCUCUCUGUCAUGGGGUAUGGUCAUAGUCACAGGCGGUUGGGAUGGACAGAUCAGAACAUUUCAGAACUAUGGGUUGCCUGUGACUACUUGCAAAAAAUCGGUUUCGUUUUCCUAACUUUGGAAAAAACAAUCAGAUGCCAUUGUUCCUUUCUUGAUAGGCACAAGCACAUGGUUCUGGCAGAUCUUGAAGCUAUGGUGGGUCCAAAACCAGAUCCACUCUUAGAUCUCUGGAGAUAUCAAUUAGUCAAAAAGUGAUUCAUAAAAUGUGCUACUUCCUCUCUCAAGAUUAUGCUCCUGUAGAAAUCUUUCAAGAAGUGGUCAGUGGGAGAUUUUCAAUCGGUUGAUGUAGACGCAGGGGAUGAUAAGGAACAGAUGUUUCUGUUUUUGGCAAUUAGUGGCGGUUGGAGAUGGUUUUAUAGACAGUACGGAUUUGUCUGAAAGAAUUGACAGGCGAGUGUAGUAGGGUCCAAAGAAGAGGCAAGUGAUCAUGGAAAGUAGUGGUUGAAGGAGAAAGAUGUUGACGUUACUUCCCCAAGAAAGAUCUUCCAAUGGCUUCUCCUAAGAUCCUUUUCUUUAAUUAGGAUUUUGAUUUUGAUCAGUUUCUAACUUAGUGAUCAUUGAUUCGUUGAUUCUGUGUACUGUAUAAUUUGAUUUUCUAACGUGUAGAUGAGUUCAUCAUAGCUUUUUCUUAGAUUUGAUUUCCGCUUAUUAAAAGAGACAAAUCAAUAGAUUGUAAGAAAGACUCUCCUCCACCUUAGAGAGAGGCUCCGGGACAUUGUAGCUGUAUAUAUUUGUAUACAGUAAAACUUGUUUUAACCGUA